AUGGCGAAGAACAUGAACAACACUCCUACAGCCGCCGACGCUACCGCCGCCCCGACUGCUGACCCUACUCCUACCACCACCGCCUCCUCCAUCGCCACGCCCUCGACCACCCUCCCCACCCUGACACCCCACGAUGUUAGGGUGCUAAUUUUAGCGUGGAGAUCAUUCACUCCCACCCCAAAAAUAGAUGCGAAGAAAAUGGCCGCCCUCGGCGGGUACAAGACCGCGGCGUCCGCGAACACAGCUUUCGCGGUUUUGAGGAGAAAACUAAUUGGAGACUACCAGCAGUGGGCUGGUAGGGCCACCCGGGGCAAGGGUAAGCCCGUCCUGGUGGUGGAGGACUCUGAAGAUGAUGAUGAUGAGGCUGGUGAUGAGGGAGAGGCUGGAGAGGCUGCAGAGGAGGGAGAGGUGGCCGUGGCUGACCCGGGCAAGAAGGCGCCGGUAACCCGCAAGCGAAAGGCGGGCACUACUACUGAGGGUGCUGAUGACGGUGAUGCAGAGGGGGAGGAGACGGAGGCGGAGGGCCCAAUCAAGAAGAAGAUGAAGAGUAUGAAGGUUGGUGGAGCGGUGGAGGAGAAGGAGAAGGAGAAGGAGAACGACAAGGAGGUGGCGGAGAAGGACAAGGUGGUGGAGGCUGCCGAUGCCGAAGAAGGCGAAGAAGCAGCUGACGCUGAUGACGAGGAGGAGGCAUAA